AUGUCUCCUCCUGUCUCCACCUCCUGUCUCCUCCUCCUGUCCUCACCUCCUGUCUCCUCCUCCUGUCUCCUCCUCUUGUCUCCUCCUUCUGUCUCCUCCUCCUGUCUCCACCUAAUGUCUCCACCUAAUGUCUCCUCCUGUCUCCUCCUCCCUUCUCCACCUCCUGUCUCCUCCUCCUGUCUCCACCUCCUGUCUCCACCUCCUGUCUCCUCCUCCUGUCUCCUCCUCCUGUCUCCUCCUGUCUCCACCUCCUGUCUCCUCCUCCUGUCUCCUCCUGUCUCCUCCUCCUGUCCCCUCCUCCUCUCCUGUCUCCUCCUCUUGUCUCCACCUCCUGUCUCCUCCUCCUGUCUCCACCUAAUGUCUUCUCCUCCUGUCCCCACCUCCUGUCUCCUCCUCCUGUCUCCUCCUCCUGUCUCCACCUCCUAUCUCUUCCUCCUCCUGUCUCCUCCUCCUGUGUCCUCCUGUCUCCACAAAACCAAAGUGUGUUUCUACAGACCAGUGAAAAGCCCAGAGUCAAAACAGAAAAAGAAACUGCAGUCUCCGUCCACAAUGAAGAGGAAGAAAAAGACAGUGGUGAGUCCUGAGGAAGAGGAGGAGGAUGAAGAUGAGCUGUGGCUGCGUCAGUGGGAGGAAGAGGAGGCCAAACUCAACGAGAAGGACCUCAACCAAGACCUCAGGGCUCUGUCCCUCACUGACUGGGACUCACUGUCAGACUCAGACUCCUGA